UUCGGGACCCAGCCUCCUCUGCUCCCCUGCAAAAACACUCUCCUAGUGUUCAGCUCCGUUUCAUUUCCAUGUCCCAUUUCCAGGUCUUACCACAAAAACCCUUCUAAAAUCCUAGGCCCCUCUCUCUCUCUCUCUCUGCGCCCCCAAAUGCGGAUCCCACGCCCUGCGCUCACCGAAGUUGUCACCCUCGGCAGACGCUACUCAUUAUCAUCGGCGGCUGUGGCUGUUCAAGACCCUGAUGUCCUCCCCCUCACAUAUCUCGAAGGCUUCCCCAAACCAGACCCCAGAUACGCCGAGAUUAUCCGCGCCGUCCCUCGGGGGGCCUCUGGCACCAGCAUAUCCGUCAAGGAGCGAAAGGCCGGCCGCGUUCCCAGCAUUAUCUUCGAGCAGGAGGACGGGCAGCACGGCGGCAACAAGCGCCUCAUCUCCGUCCAGACCAACCAGAUCCGGAAGCUCGUUGGCCAUCUCGGCCGCUCCUUCUUCCUCUCGAGGCUCUUCGAUCUCGAGGUUCGCCCCGCGUUCGACUCUGAUGAGUUAGUCGAGAAAGUCCGCGUCUUGCCUCGAGGGCUUCAUCAGCAUGCUGGCACAGAUGCAGUACUUAAUGUUACGUUCAUAAGGGCCCCGUCACAUGCGCUGUUGAAGGUGGAUGUUCCUCUGGUAUUCAGAGGAGAAGACGUGUCCCCUGGUUUAAAAAAAGGGGCUUACCUGAACAUCAUCAAGAGGACAGUGAAAUACCUUUGCCCAGCAGAUGUCAUCCCUCCUUAUAUUGAUGUGGAUCUGAGUGAGUUAGAUGUAGGGCAGAAGUUGGUGAUGGGAGACCUCAAUGUUCACCCAGCUCUGAAGCUGAUCAAGUCGAAAGAUGAACCUGUUUGUAAGAUUAUGGGAGCUAGGGUUUCUGACCAACAAAGGAAAUCUAAAUAAGAGCUUCUGAUCAAAUUUUGUCGAGCCAAUUAUUAUUCUUAAUGCAUAUUUGUCAUGCAUGGUUCAUGACCUUUUGUCUUUUUAAUUUUUGAGUUCUUGUAGAGGUCAAGGAUUUAUAUAAUGAAUAUGCUCUCCCCUUUGUAUGUAUAUUCUACAGUUAUCUCUUACUGCCCUUUUUGGGUUUUACUCUGGAAUAGGAUUGGAGAGAUGAGUUUUGACAUUGGGAAAUGAUUUUCCACUGGGCAUGCCCUUUGAAUCUAUAUAUGUAGUGGCAAUUUGGGCA